CGUGAGCCUGAGAUUAUAUUUGGAGGCAGGAUCGGACUUGUGUAAAUUAUUGAGCAGCCUGUUUUUGCACAGUUCCUUCUGUGUAUUAUAGUGUCUCAAUCUCCAGUUUCUUCUUCUGUUUGGUAGUUCAUGGUAAUGAGGAUAAAAUGCACAUAAUAACCAGAAGCUGUGUCCUAUUGUUCUGGAUGCAGACGCUGACCUUCGUCGAAAGUCUAGAGCAUCUCCCAGAUUGUACACUUCAAGAUUUUCUAAAUGGGCCCUUGUUUGAUUCCAAUUUCAACACUACUGGUCUGGAGGCCCAUUACGUCGGCGGGAAACAGUUAAGAGUGAGCUGCCGUACUGGUUACAGUGGUUUUUUCCAACUGCUCUGUUUCGAAGGUGAAUGGCAGUCGAGAGGCACGAUAUGUCAACCCCAACAUUGCCCAGUGAUCCACGUGAGCAACAACGUGCAGGUGAUCGGGGACCCGGAGGAAGCAAACUUUGGCAAAGUUAUUCGAUUCAGCUGCAAGUCCAGGUCGGAGGCCCUGAUUGGAUUACAAGAGAUCUACUGUGAUGAAAAUGGAGAGUGGAGCGGAGAAGCUCCGAUCUGUAAAGAGGUUACAUGCAGCAAUCAACGACAUCAGCACGUGUCUUGGUGGGGCGUCUACUGGGGACAACAACUGAAAUUGUGGGAUGAGGUUAGAUAUGGAUGCAUACAAGGCUACAAGAAGACGGGUGAUGCCACCAGGGCCACGUGCACCAGAGAGGGCUGGAAACCAGAUCCAUUGUGUCAAGGUAUCAACAAGUUAAACUUCUGCAAAUAUCAAUAUAAGCAAUUUUUUACUGAAUGUGUUCAGGGAGAUUUUGGUGAAGUCUGGAUUUAUGUGUUUAACUCUUAAGGCUGUUUUCCAGAACAAAGUCAACGAAAGGAAGAAACGAAUGAAAGCAUUUUCGUUGUUAUAGUUUGAAUGUUUGCAGCAGUAGAUAUUUGCCUUGUAAAGCCUGUAUCUUACUCCAAGAUCCCAAAGUACCUGCAACGUAAAUACAGGAAUAACUGUUGUUGAUCAAACUCAUAUCAGCCACUUUAUUCAUCAAUAAUCUACCAACCAGAGACCCAGGAAUCUCAUUUCAAUUAGAAACUGUAUUUAAACUCUAGGAUCCAGGGUCUAAGUUCCAUUUCUCAGCUGCACAAAAGAGUGAAGGGAAAGAAAUGACUUUUCAAUGUUAAUCAACAUCUACAGAGACUGAAACACGGUCAAACUAUAACAUAACUUCACUUAUGUAAUUUCAACAUUACAGGCACAUUCUUUACAUCAUAAUUAGGAAGAAGCUUCCUUGUAGGAGUGACUUUCAUACGACUGACGGUAAACACAGCCAACGUGGACAAUAAUGUACAUGUCAUGGAUUUUCCACUCUUACUU